UUCUUGCUGCGCACCCUGCGCCCUAAUUUGUAUCAGACGCUGGUGCACAUUCACAUAGAUCAUGGGGGAUUCAGUGUCUCCAGAGAAAGGACCAUGGUAUUCCCAAAAUGUCUAUGCAAGAUACUGGAAGCAUUACAACCAAGCCAUGGAGUGGAUGGGCAGGCACCGAAAUGCUUACAGGAAAGCCAUGGAGUCCUUGUACAAUCUGCCAUGUCCUCCUUCUGAAAGUCUUCCCAGUGGACGCUACUCUGAUUGGGAUGAAGGGGAGCCCCUGAGGACCGCAUCCUAUUCUGCUUUCACACCCAGGCUCCCUCCCAGGUCUCAACAUGCCCCUCAUAAUGCUGCAGGCAGAGGGGUAGUAGAGAGCGAUUCCGAAACUGACUCCGACUCCGAAGACGAAGGGGAUAUCGAGUGUGACUUGAGCAAAAUGGAGAUCACAGAAGAGCUCCGCCAGUAUUUUGAGCAAACAGAGAAGCACCGGGGAGAGCUGCGCUGGAGUCAUUUCAAUGUCUGUGCACUAGUAAGAGACUAG